AUGUCGGCGCUCCAGCCCGUGUUCCUGCACGUGGACGGCCAGCAGGACCGCUACGUCCAGAGACUCGCGGAAUGGGUGGCGAUCCAGAGCGUGUCGGCCUGGCCGGAGAAGAGAGGCGAGAUCAGACGGAUGAUGGAGGUGGCUGCCGCCGAAAUAGAGCGCCUGGGUGGCACGACCGAGCUGGUGGAUAACGGGAAAGAAACGCUCCCUGAUGGCUCCCAGAUCCCGCUUCCUCCAAUCCUACUUGGCAUACUGGGCUCCGAUCCCCAAAAGAAAACCGUGUGUGUUUACGGCCACCUGGAUGUGCAGCCGGCAGCCCGGGAGGACGGCUGGGACAGCGAUCCCUUCACGCUGGAGGAAAGAGAUGGAAAGCUGUACGGGAGAGGGUCGACCGAUGACAAGGGCCCGGUGCUCGCCUGGCUGAAUGCCCUGGAGGCUUUUCAGCAAACCAAGAAGGAAGUUCCUGUCAAUGUCAAGUUUUGCCUGGAAGGCAUGGAGGAGUCUGGCUCCGAGGGCCUGGAUGACUUGAUCUUCUCUCGGAAGGACACUUUCUUCAAAGACGUGGAUUACGUUUGCAUCUCUGACAAUUACUGGCUGGGCAAGAAGAAACCCUGCAUCACCUAUGGGCUCAGAGGGAUCUGCUACUUUUUCAUUGAGGUGGAAUGCAGCGACAAAGACCUUCACUCCGGGGUAUACGGUGGCUCGGUGCACGAGGCCAUGACAGACCUCAUCACUUUGAUGGGCUGCCUGGUGGAUAAGAAGGGGAAGAUCCUGAUUCCGGGUAUCUACAAGGCCGUGGCCCCGGUCACCGAGGAGGAGCUCUCUCUCUACGAGCAGAUCGACUUUGACUUGGACGAGUAUGCGCGGGACAUAGGAGCAAAUACCCUCCUGCAUGGCUCAAAGAGAGACAUCUUGAUGAACAGGUGGAGAUUCCCCUCCCUGUCACUUCACGGAAUCGAAGGAGCCUUCUCUGGGACUGGAGCGAAAACCGUGAUUCCUAGGAAAGUGAUUGGCAAAUUCUCCAUUAGGCUGGUGCCAGACAUGACCCCAGAGAUGGUCAACUCUCAGGUUGAAGACUACUUGACAAAGAAGUUUGCUGAGCUGAAGAGUCCCAACAAGUUCCGAGUUAAGUUGGGCCACGGUGGGAAGCCCUGGGUGUCUGACUUCAACCACCCCCACUACAUGGCCGGCAGAAGAGCCAUGAAAACAGUUUUUGGGGUGGAGCCAGAUUUGACGAGGGAAGGAGGAAGUAUUCCUGUAACACUCACCUUCCAGGAGGCCACCGGCAAGAACGUCAUGUUGCUGCCUGUGGGGUCAGCGGAUGAUGGGGCUCAUUCUCAGAAUGAAAAACUCAACAGGACUAACUACAUAGAGGGAGUGAAAAUGCUAAGUGCCUACCUGUAUGAAGUCUCUCAACUAAAAGACUGAGUUGAAUACGGAUGCUCUGGGGGCAAGAUGAAUAAAGCAGUCAGCUGAACUUCUUUUCUCCCCCCGCCCCCUUCCUUUCUUCCUCAUUUAUGAAAGUGGGUAAUUUCAUUUUCUUUUUGCCUCUUCUUUUAACCCUUUCUCCUUUCCUUCCUCUAUAUCUCCAAUUCUCAGAAUUGAACUGUUCUGUCUAGAACAUUGAGUUCCACUCUGGUUAGCCUGCAGAGUUGAACAACAAGACAUGAGACUUCCAGUCCCACAUGGGAUUCUCCUUCAGCCCCAUUCUCCCUUCUGAGUCAACCCAGCUAUCAGGAGCAGGGGUUGGAGCAUUUUGGAGCCAGUAAACUGGGCUGGCACCUCUCUUUCUGUGAUAACAGGCUGCAUCUUAUGGGUUCUUCCAACACUGGACGUCUUCCUGGAUUCCUAUUAUGUGCCUCUUGCUCCUCAUCCAACCCUAAGCCAACUCCCUUGGAUUUUCAUAUGUCGAUGUUGCUAAAUAAAAAGCCAGAACUCCA